GCCAGAUAUUUGAAUGUCCAGGGACUGUACUGUGUACACAGGAAGUGAUUCUUCACGAGCUCGUCACGAGAGAGGAGACACCCUUUACAUAUAAUGAGAUACGACAAAGUUGUCAGAAAAAGUGGGAAGGAUGUUGAUUGAGGCAGCUAUAUGCGUUCAAGCAUGAACGUAUCAAACAAUCCGACUCCGCCCGUUUCGGGACGCUGAAUGGCAGAGAAAAGUGAAGACCGGGGAGGAUCAUGGGAUCGACCAUCUGGCCAGGCUUCGGGAAAUGAAGAAGAUUGCACUGGAAGCAAGUGGUUAGCGGAUGUACUCCGCAUACCAUCAUGAGGCUAUACCGCAGCAUUGGCAGAUGUACGCGACGAGGGACCAAGCGCAGGUGGAUGGAGGGGCAGUCGACGAACUUGCCCGCACUGCAAGUGUUUCCGCCCAAGUUGCCCGCGCCCGACAUUUUCCGGCUGCCUCGAUUUGCUUCCAUCGAGGACUCCGCCCGAUGCACACUGCAGGAUGCUACGGUACCGCACAGAUGGGUGCCACGCAGCACAACAUCCAGUCCGAGUAUUAUCUUGCCAGAUUUACGACAGUGAUAAAUCGCGAUCGCAAUGGUGGCUACCUCAUCUCCCGCAACGCUGGCAUCCGGCAAGGGUGUUUGGGCAUAAAUAUAAGGACAACAAAUAUCUUUGUCGUACUACGUUGUAUAACUGUCCACCAAUAAAUCGUUUACUGCACCG